AUGACAUAUCAUGUGGUCACUCGCACUUAUGAAUCUCGCUGGGGAGAAUCCUUACAUUUUGCAUCAAGAUGGAAAGGGGAAACAUUUAGAGAGAGCAUAAAGCGACAUGAGCACUUCAUUGCUCUCCAACUUGGCCUCGAGCCUGGACAAAAGGUUUUAGAUGUUGGAUGUGGAAUUGGGGGACCAGCAAUAGAAAUCUCUCGUUUCAGCAAGACAUCAGUCACAGGGUUGAACAAUAAUGAGUACCAAAUAAACAGAGCAAAGGAACUUAAUCGCUUACAUGGCACGGACAAGAUUUGCAACUUUGUGCAGGGUGACUUUAUGAACAUACCAUUUCCAGACAAUACUUCUGAUGCUGUCUAUGCAAUUGAAGCUACCGUUCAUGCACCAGAUGCCUAUGAAUGCUAUAAAGAGAUUCAUAGAGUGUUGAAGCCUGGUCAAUGUUUUGCUGCAUACGAAUCCAGCAUGACUACUUCCUUUGAUCCUACCAACCCAGAGCAUCAAAAGAUAAAGGCAGAACUUUUGCUUGGUGGUGGCCUAGUUGACAUCAGAUCGACUACAAAGGUUCUUGAAGCUUUGAAGGAAGCAGGUUUUGAGGUCAUAUGGAGCAAAAAUAUAGCAGAGGACUCUCCUAUUCCUUGGUAUUUUCCUAUGGACAAAAGUAAUUACUCUCCGAGUAGAAAUAUUGUUGGACUUCUCAACAGAAACAUGGUUAAGGCUCUUGAGCUUGUUGGACUGGCUCCCAAAGGAAGUGACAAGGUUCAAGAUUUUAUAGAAAGGGUCACAAAAGGACUAGUUCAAGGUGGAAAGAAAGAGAUCUUUACGCCAAUGUUUUUCUUUUUGGCAAGAAAGUCUGCUGAUUCAGAUGACCACAAAAGGCAUUUGUAG